AUGCUUGCUCCCAGCAGAGGAUCGGCAUUGAGGCAGGCCUUGGCCUCCUCGCCAGCUACGACGAUACCGGCCUUCCUGGUGCCGGCCCUCCAGCCUCUUCCCCGACGACAAUUCUCCUCGACACCGAUCCGACCCUCGAAGCUCGGCCGGACGCCGCUCUCGGUUCCGCCCGGCGUGGAGAUCCUCGUUGGCGAACCCAAGCUGAAGAAAGACCCGACGAGCUACCUUAAGGUCUACAAGAGAACGGUUUCCGUGAAGGGACCCCUCGGCAACUUGGAUCUCGAGAUUGAGCCGUUUGUGAAGAUCGAGCAAGAUGCUGAGGCAAAGAGAGCAAUCCUCUCCGUUGAGGACUCAAAUAUCAAGGAACAGCGCGAGAUGUGGGGCACAACAUGGGCGUACCUCCAGCGCUACAUCAUGGGCGUUUCCGAAGGCCACACGGCGCUGCUCCGUCUGGUCGGUAUCGGUUACCGUGCCUCGGUCGAGCAGCGCAGCGGCAAGGAGGAGUACCCCGGCCAGAAGUUCCUCUGCCUGAAGCUCGGUUUCACGCACCCCAUCGAGAUGGGCAUCCCCAAGGGCGUCAACGUCACCGCGGCCUCGCCGACACGUAUCCUGAUCGAGGGCAUCGACCGAGAAGAGAUCAUGAGCUUCGCCGGGAGGGUGAGGAAGUGGCGGCCUCCUGAGCCGUACAAGGGCAAGGGCGUCUUCAUCAACGACCAGACGAUCAAGCUGAAGCAGAAGAAGAUCAAAUAA